ACGAAUUGUACAGAACGUUUCCGAGAGGCUUACCAAUAGGAACCGUAUAAAUACAGAUACCAACCAUGUCGACCGUUGAAACGGAGCCUCCAGGGAAGAUGGAGGGCGAUGCGGAUUUUGACCUUCCGGCCGGGGAAUUGGAAACGCAGGAGGGCGUUGCUGGUGCCCCUUUAUCGUCAAGACGCAACAAGCCGUACUUCAAGAAGUUUAAAGAGCCGGAUUCCGAUGAGGAAGUGGCUGACCCGCGAGCCCUCUUCAGUGUCCAGGACUCCUGGCGAACCCUUAUGUCGCUGCCCAGCUGCCAGAAGGUUAUGGUGUCAGAUAAAGUUCAAAAGAUACUGAAAAUCGAAGUGGGCAUCAAUGUGACGCAGGAAUUUCCCUGGAAGCAGGUGCAGUUCAAGGACCUUCGCGAUGCUCUCUUCGACGAACUGGAGAAUUCGGCUGAGCUGUUGAAGAAGUUCAAGAACUUCAAUCCGGACUUCUACGUUCUUCUGGGCUUCUGUCCCUUAUUGACUGAACAGGAUGACGAUCCUCCCGAGGGCGACCCCUUCAUCUUCUACUCGAGCAUCAAGGAGUCCAAAAUGGCCAUGAGUAUUAUCCAGAAUAUGGAGCACUUUGAUCGUUGGCGAAUGCAGCGUCGUCUGAGAAAGAAGCCCAGGCGAUGGGUGAGCCAUGGAACCGACGAGGAGAUGACCAUCCUGGUGGAGCGCUUCAAGGACGAGCCCAUCGAUGUGGAGAUCCAGAGUGUCUAUCCCAUUCAGAUGCCGCGGCACAUUGCCUUCGAUUACAGGAUGACAAAGGAUGUCAGAGACGGAGUGAUCGAGCUCUUGCCCAACGAGAACAUCAAGUGGGAUAAUGUGACUAAGAAGAGAAUUACGGUUUCGGUGCAAUCUGCUCCUCCUAAGAUCGAUCAAGAGCAGCAAACAAAUCCCACUUUUCCCUCGAAUGCCUGGUCGCAGUAUCUCUACGAGAUUGAUGAUGAGGAUCUUGAACUGGAUGAAAGCGAGGUGGACGAGGAGGAGGAAAAGAGGAAGGCCCAAGCCAAGCCAGGAACUUAUGUCGAACCCGUUAAGCCUCCACCUGAAAUGUCUGCCCAAAUUGAAAUGCUGCUAAAUACCUUGGACUUUAAUCAGAUUGACAGCUAUCGCGACGACUAUACUUUGAUAUCCAAUCGACAAGUGGUGCAGUACACCAAUCCAUAUUUACAGGAAUUCCUCUGCUUUGCAAAUAUCUCCAAGAGCAACAAGCGUUUUGUGGCAGGAUACGACUGGUAUCCGACUUUGUCUGGAUUAAUAGCGGUUUCCUAUGCCUUUAGCACUCAGGUAACCAUAAACGAGGCCAGCAAUCGGGUGGAUUAUGUGCAGCGGGCAGUUCUCGAACCCAAUCCCGUACUUCUCUGGAGCUUCUCGGAUAAUCUGAACUACAAGUUGGAGUUUGAGGCCCCGAUCGAGAGCACCGCUCUGACCUUUUGCCCUUUCAACGGGGAUAUCCUCAUAGGAGGCUGUAAGAAUGGUCAGGUGAUUCUGUGGGAUAUGCAGGGCAGGUGCGAGAAACUGGACGAAGAGGAGUAUUUGACGGCUGCCCAAGCUAAGUAUCGAGUGAUGAUCGGGGAGUUCCUGAACUGGACUAUUGACAUAGAAGACAAUGUCGUCACACCGGCUACGAUGUCCAUGUUGGAGACCUCGCCAAAGGGAGCCAUCACGGCGUUUUACUGGCUGGCUCGAUCGAUAUAUCUGAGUCCGUUUGGCAAGGUUUACAACGACCCCGAUACCCGGGUGCACCACAAGUUCUUCGUAACUUGCGCCUUCGAUGGCACCAUAAGCUUCUGGGAUCUCGAUGGCAAGGGGAAGGGCGGCAAGGAGAAAAUGCGAAACAAAAUGCUUCCCAAGGCGCUGACCCAAAACGAGUCUCCCUUAAAGUCGCUGAACAUCAAGCCCACGUACAAUCUUUACUUUCCGGAACCGCUGACUGGAAUAAUAGCGGAUACCUCCUGCUUUUCGACCCUCACGCCUGUUUCAAAGUUAAUCCUCGCGAAUCCCUCUAAUUAUCCCAUCAAAACCAUAGCCAAGGAUCCGCCAACUAUGCGGCAGAGCAUGAUAGUGUCCACUUUCUAUGGUCACGUCAGUCGAAUCGAUUGGCAGGGCACUUAUGCGGAGGGAGAACCCACGGAGACGAUCAAUGCGUCGAUCCCAUUUGCCAUGGUCCAUGAUGGACCCGUGGUGAUGGUGAAGAAGAACCCCUUUUAUCCGGAGCUAUUCGCCUCCAUUGGACGCACCAUCCUGGCCAUUUGGAAGGAGGACUACAACUACUCGCCGAUAUUUUGGCGCAAAAGAGCCUGUGAUCUCACCGCAGUCGCCUGGAGUGAAACGCGUCCUGCAGUUUUGUACUUGACUCGCAUAGAUGGGAUUCUCGAAGCUUGGGAUAUAUUGGCUCGUGAUGAUGAUGCCUGCUUAACCGAGAUCCUUGGUGGUGGCAUUAUCACCGGAAUCACGGAGCACCGUCCCUCGCUGCCCCACAAAAUCCUGGGCAUUGGGGACUACAACAGUAGCAUCAGAAUGGUCAAACUGCCGCACACCUUCGAUGUGCCGCUGCCCAACGAGUUGCAGAAGCUGAUGAACUAUGUGUUGAAGGAAGAGCGCCGCAAGGUGGGCAUCCAGGCAUGGGAGCAAAAGUACUACGAGCUCAACAAGGACAUCAUCGAGGCGAAAAGGGAGGCAGAGGCGGAGACCCGCAAGGAAAUGGAACGGUUGGAAAGGGAGGAGCAGUUUGCCACUAGGAAAAAGGGGGCAAAGUCUGGUGAAGAGGGUGCAGGAGGGGAAGAACAAACAGCUAAAAAGCCUCACAGUGGCCUUAAUUACAACGAGAGAAUGGCCGUGUUGUGGGACGAACUGAACUUGAACCGAAUGAUGACCAUUCUGAUGUCCCGCAAGCAAAUGGAUCCCGAGAAAUUGGCCAGGGAGACGGCUUUGGAAAAGGAGCGACAUGCCUACGAGGCGGCCAAGAAGAAGUCCCACUCCGACGUCCUUGCGAGGCUGGAGCACGAUAUUGCCGCCAUCAGGUCGAGAAUCCUGCCGGCAGAAAUAUCAGAUAUGCAGCGCAGCGAAAUGAUCCAGCAGCGGGUGAAACGAGAGGUCGAGAAUGCCGACACCUACGAGCAGGUGUGCAAGGACUCCUUCGAAAUCCUGGAGUCGUUCGAAGACUUCAAGCCCAUCGACUACAUUGAGUUUUUGGAGCGUGGUCGCCAAAGGCGUCGGUUGUUGGACCAAUCUUUGGGUGGGAACACAGAUCGGUUGCGGUGGUACGAGGAUAGGGUCAGGUUGGGGGAACUGGGCGAGUGUCAGUUUGGUUAUGAGUCUGUUCACAACUCCCAGGCGGAGGCAUCAAGCCAACAGGAUUUAGUGGUUGUGGCGUCCAAAUCGGGCAGUGAUAUUGUCGCAGAAGCGGAUGAAUUCGAAGGCUAAUCGUUUCGGUUCUUCGUUGAAUUUACUAUGUGCCAGCAAAUUAAAUAUUUAUGAAACAUCAA